AUGGUUUGGCCAACAGCACUGGUAAACAACAGCACUGGUCAACAACAGCACUGGUUAACAGCACUGGUCAACAACAGCACUGGUCAACAACAGCACUGGUCAACAACAGCACUGGUCAACAACAGCACUGGUCAACAGCACUGGUCAACAACAGUGCUGGUCAACAACAGCACUGGUCAACUACAGCACUGGUCAACAACAGCACUGGUCAACAACACUGGUCAACAACAGCACUGGUCAACAACAGCACUGGUCAACAGCACUGGUCAACAACAGCACUGGUCAACAGCACUGGUCAACAGCACUGGUCAACAACAACACUGGUCAACAACAGCACUGGUCAACUACAGCAACUGGUCAACAACAGCACUGAUCAACAACAGCACUGGUCAACAACAGCACUGGUCAACAACAGCACUGGUCAACAACAGCACUGGUCAACAACAGCACUGGUCAACAACAGCACUAGUCAACAACAGCACUGGUCAACAACAGCACUGGUCAACAACAGCACUGGUCAACAACAACACUUGUCAACAGCACUGGUCAACAAUGGACAACAACAGCACUGGUCAACAACAGCACUAG